UCUCCGCUGUCAGGGCAAGGCAGACUGACAGUAUGGCGGCGGGGUGCAGCUGGAAGGAUGCUACUGUCGCCCGUGAUGUGUCUAUCGCCGGCAGGACGUAAAUGGACUAUUGACGUCAAAAAGAGAAGAGGAUUUAGCGAGAAAGGCCUGUCGCCGUGAGCUCCAAAGAUGGCCAGGCUCGCCGACUACUUUUUAGUGGUCAGUUACGACCUCGACAAGCGAGUGGAGGGUGAAGGUCAAGGUCGCAUUCUCCAGCGGUUUCCUGAGAAAGACUGGGAGGACAGCCCGUUCCCACAAGGCAUAGAGCUGUUCUGUCAGCCCAGCGGUUGGCAGCUGGUUCCUGAGCGGCAGCCUGCCUCCUUCUUUGUAGCAGUUUUGACUGACAUCAACUCGGAGCGUCACUACUGUGCCUGCUUCACCUUCUGGGAGGGCCUUGACAACUCACAGCUGCAGAAGGCCGAAGCCAGCGAGGUGGACGAGGUGGACGAGGUGCCGGCCGUCGUCCAAUCAGCUCAGGUCUUCGCCCCCAAGAGCCUGGUGCUGGUGUCCCGACUAGAUUACACCGAGGUGUUCAGGAACUGUCUGGGUCUGAUCUACACCGUCCAUGUAGACAGCCUGCCUGUCCCCUUGGAAACGGUGAUUGGAAAUCUCCUCACUUGUGUCAUCCCCAUUGCUGGAGGCUCCCAGAUAAAUGAGUCCCCAGUUUGUAGUUUAGACAAGGUUCCUCAGGCCCUGGCCUGUGACUGGCUGCUGGCCUGUCUCCAGCCGGGCCAGGAGGAGAGAGAGGAGAGUUUGAGGACUAUAACGUUAGGUGCUGGUGACCGGCAAGUGAUCCAGACCCCCAUCGAUGACUCACUUCCUGUCAGUGGCAGCAGCGUGGCCCAGCUCUUCAGACAGCUCGGUAUAAUCAAUGUUUUGUAUCUGUUCUGUGCCGCUCUGACGGAACAUAAGAUCCUGUUCCUGUCCAGCAGCUACCAGAGACUAACAGAUGCCUGCCGAGGACUGCUGGCCAUCAUGUUCCCCCUCAAAUACAGCUUCACCUAUGUUCCCAUCCUGCCCGGGAAACUACUAGAGGUCCUGAGCACCCCCACCCCCUUCAUCAUCGGUGUCAAUUCAUUCUUUCGCUCAGAGACGCAAGAAUUGUUGGACGUGAUCAUCGCUGACCUGGACGGCGGUACGGUGACCAUCCCCGAGUGCGUCCACAUCUCCCUGCUGCCUGAACCGCUCCUCCAGCAGAUCCAGACUGUGCUGUCCAUGGUUUUGGAUCCGGAGCUGGAAGUCGCUGAUCAUGCCUUUCCCUCAGUGUCCACACAACCUUCUGCACUCAAGAUCCAGGAUAAGGAGAUCCGGGGAGUUUUCCUGUGGCUGUUCGCUCGGCUCUUCCAGGGCUAUCGCUGGUGUUUACACAUCAUUCGCAUUCACCCAGAACCAGUGAUCCGCUUCCAUAAGGCUGCCUUCCUGGGUCAGAGGUCGCUGACGGAGGACGACUUCCUCAUGAAGGUGUUGGACGGCAUGGCGUUUGCGGGCUUCGUGUCAGAGAGAGGGCCUCCUUACAGAGCCACUGACCUGUUUGAUGACCUGGUAGCCAAUCAUGUGGAACGGAUACGACAAGAGGAGACCUGUCCACACAAAGUCAUGAACCAUGUCAAGGAGCUGGCUGAGCAGCUCUUCAAAAAUGAGAAUCCCUACCCCGCUGUGGCAAUGCACAAAGUCCAGCGGCCGUCAGAAAACGGCCAGAACACUGCACAGAAUGAGAGGCCCUUCCCUGGGCUGGACGACGUUGCGGUCCAGCUUUUCAUCGACCACGCUGCCGCAAAGCUCAAGACUGCGCCUCCUGUGGUUAAGGCGGAGCUCAAGGGCAUGGUGCCAUCUGGGCCCCCACUGGGAGACACAGUGGACAGGAACGGCAACGUGAUGGCCAACAGCGCCCGCCGGCUGGAGGUGGUCAGGAACUGCAUCACGUACAUCUUUGAGAACAAGAUGCUGGAGGCCAAGAAGUUAAUGCCAGCUGUGUUGCGGGCACUGAAAGGUCGGGCAGCCCGGAUUUGUCUGACCCAGGAGCUCAAUCAGCACGUCCUACAGAACCGAGCUGUGCUGGAUGACCAGCAGUUUGACUACAUCGUCCGAAUGAUGAACUGCACCUUACAGGACUGCUCACAUAUAGAUGAACACGGUAUUGCAGCUGCCCUCCUUCCACUGGUCACAGCCUACUGCAGAAAAUUGGGCGCAGGCAUUACACAGUUUGCCUACAGCUGCGUACAGGAGCACAUGGUAUGGACCACCAUGCAGUUCUGGGAGGCCAUGUUCUACAGCGACGUUCAGAGCCACAUCAGAGCACUGUACCUGGAGACGGAGGAAGAAGAGCAGCAGAACCACUCUGAGCAGCAGGACGGGUCGGUCAGUGGGAGGGAAAUCAGCGCCUUGGACCUGGCAUCAGAGCAGAACCGGCUGUGGCCGACGCUCAGCAAGGAAAUGCAGGCGGAGCGCGUGCAGAAGGAGGAAAGCACGGUGUUCAGCCAGGCCAUCCACUACGCCAACAGGAUGAGUUACCUGCUGCUGCCAUUGGACACCAGCAAGAACCGCCUACUGAGGAGCUCGGGCCUCGGAGACGUGGAGAGCGUCAGCAACAGCUACGUCACAAACAGUAUUGCAGGCAGCAUGGCCGAAAGCUACGACACAGAAAGCGGCUUCGAAGACGCUGAGAGCUCAGAUGUGGCCAACUCUGUGGUGCGCUUCAUUAACCGCUUCGUAGACAAAGUAUGUAAUGAGAGCGGCGUGACCAACGAGCACCUUAAGGCUCUCCACACCAUGAUACCAGAUAUUGUUCAGAUGCACAUCGAGACGUUAGACGCAGUCCACAGGGAGAGCAAGAGACUGCCUCCGAUCCAAAAGCCCAAGCUGUUGAGGCCGACACUACUGCCUGGCGAGGAGCUGGUGAUGGACGCCAUGCGGGUCCAUCUGAUCCCAGAUGGUCGCGAGGAGGCCACGGGGCUGAUGGGAGGUCCCCCUUUGCUCCCUGCUGAGGGCGCCAUCUUCCUCACCAACUACCGGCUCAUCUUCAAGGGCACGCCCUCUGACCCUCUGGUGGGUGAGCAGGUGGUGACUCGCUCAUUCCCCAUCGCCUCUCUGACCAAGGAGAAGAGGAUCUCUGUCACUUUACCCAUGGACCAGUUUGUCCAGGAGGGGCUACAGCUUCGGUCCUGCACCUUCCAGCUGAUGAAGAUUGCGUUUGACGAGGAGGUGGCAUCAGACCUGGCGGAGGUUUUCAGGAAGCACAUGCACAAGCUGCGCUACCCUCAGCACGUGCAGGGUACCUUCGCCUUCACCGUGGGUCAGUGUGGGAAGAUGGUGGUGGAGCACAAGACCAAGGACAAGAACCAGUCGCUCAAGACGCUUUCCAAAAACCUGGUGAAGAGCGCCAAGAGGACCAUCGGCCGGCAGUAUGUGACCAGGAAGAAGUAUUCUCCCCCCACCUGGGAGAACAGGAGCAGCUUCCAGUCAGAGCUGGAUGAGGAUGAAAUCUCAGUUUCAGAGGAGGUGGACCAGAGCUCCCUCACCCUCUCCUCCACCAUUCGCUCAUCGGACAGGCAGACCAUGAGCAACGUUGUGGAGCGCGCCUGUUGCCGCGACUACCAGCGCUUGGGACUGGGCACGCUCAGUAACAGCCUGACGCGUUCUAAGAACGAGCCUUUCAGGAUUUCCACCGUCAACCGCAUGUACACUGUCUGCAGGAGCUACCCCGGCCUGCUGAUUGUGCCUCAGAGCAUCCCAGACACAACCAUCCAGAGAAUCUGCCGCUGCUACCGGCAGAAUCGCUUCCCCGUGGUUUGCUGGAGGAAUUCACGAACCAAGGCGGUCCUGCUGCGGUCUGCAGGACUCCACGCAAAGGGGGUAGUGGGCUUCUUCUCGAAGUCCCCGAAUGCCCCUACUUCAGUUCCCUCCCAGGCAGACUCCACCAGUCUGGAGCAGGAGAAAUACCUGCAGGCCAUCAUCAGCUCCAUGCCUUCUUACAGCGACAGCAGCGGCAGGAACACACUCAGCGGCUUCACCUCCACACAUAUGAGCACCUCCGACUCCUCAGAUAAGCUGAGGCAGCCCAAGAUUGGCGCUCUGAUGAAGCAGGUGAUGGGCACCAAGGACGAUGUUCCUGGAACCUUCAGCAGAGGAGCUCUGGGUCAAAGGGCGAAAGUCAUCUCCCUCUCUCAGCCCAAAGUGUCUGGCAAGGCCAGGAACCCUCCUAGAGGUAAGUGGGGCAGUAUCCGGGGCAGCGGGCGUCUAAGUGCCUACAACCCAGACGUGGGGACACGUCUGGCAGGGAAAGAGUCUCCACAGCCCAACGGAGGGCCGAGUGAGGCUCUGUUUCUUCGCCAGCAGAAGGCCUACCUCUACAUCAUUGGAGACAAGGCCCAGCUCAAGGGAGGGAAGCAGGACUCGUUCCAGCAGUGGGAGGUGGUUCCCAUCGAGGUGUGUGACGUGCGGCAGGUGAAGAACAGCUUCAAGAAGCUGAUGAAGGCCUGCGUGCCAAGCUCCCCGACCUCUGACCCCAACAUGAGCUUCCAGCGCUGCUUGGAGGAGUCCGAGUGGAUGGCUCUGCUACACAGGGUGCUGCAGGUGUCCGUCCUGGUGGUGGAGCUUCUGGAUACGGGCUCGUCGGUCAUGGUCAGCCUGGAGGACGGCUGGGACGUCACCACGCAGGUCGUGUCCCUGGUGCAGCUGCUUUCUGAUCCGUACUACCGAACCUUUGACGGCUUCCGGCUGCUGGUGGAGAAGGAGUGGCUGUCGUUCGGGCACAGGUUCAGCCACCGUGGAGCGCAGACGCUGGGCAGCCAGAGCAGUGGCUUCACCCCCGUCUUCCUGCAGUUCCUGGACUGUGUACACCAGAUCCACCUCCAGUUCCCCAUGGAGUUUGAGUUCAGUCAGUACUACCUGAAGUUCUUGGCCUACCACUACGUGUCCAACCGCUUCCGCACCUUCCUGCUCGACUCCGACUACGAGCGCAUAGAGCUGGGAGUGCUGUAUGAGGAGAAAGGUGAGAGGAAAAGCCCCCAGGUGUGUAAGUCCGUGUGGGACUACAUCGACAGACUCAACAAGAAAACGCCCAUCUUCUACAACUACAUGUUCUCUCCUGAGGAUGAGGAGGUGCUGCGGCCGUACACCUUCAUCUCUAACCUGAAGGUCUGGGACUUCUACAUGGAGGAGACUCUGUCGGAGGGGCCCUCCUACGACUGGGAGCUGAGGGGCCGGCAGGAGCGCGUGGCGGAGGAGACGCCAGAGAAACCCGACACCAGCGGCCCCAAAUCCCAGCGCCACGUUGUGUGGCCGUGCUACGACAGCCUGAGCAAGGUGGUGCCUGACGCCAUCACCAAGCUGCUGCAGGACCUGCAGAGUCUGGAGGCUGAGCUCGGCCAGACGUCCGAGAAGUGGAAGGACACCUGGGACAAAAUCAAGACCACGCAGAGAACUGAGACCAAACUGGAGAGCAAGCCUUCGUUUUCCAGCUCUUUGCUGAUGUCGUCCAACCUGAGCCACCAGCGCCGUUCUCAGGGCGUCUACCUGCAGGAGAGCGGCGUGGGGUCCUCCAUCAACCUGGCUCUGGAGUGCGAGGCCAGCGCCACCUCCACGCCUGUAGCCGGUCGGCCCAGCACCAGCACGCUCUACAGCCAGUUCCAGAGCACGGAGAGCGAGAACAGGAGUUUUGAAGGCAUCCUGUAUAAGAAAGGAGCAUUGUUGAAACCAUGGAAACCACGGUGGUUUGUGCUGGACAAGACCAAACAUCAGCUGAGAUACUACGAGAGCAGGCAGGACAAGGAGUGUAAAGGGGUGAUCGAGCUUGCUGAGGUGGAGUCCGUUAUUCCAGGAACGCCUACCAUGGGAGCGCCAAAAAACAUCGAGGAGAAGGCCUUCUUUGAUCUCAAGACGACCAAACGAGUGUACAACUUCUGUGCCCAGGACAGCCUGAACGCCCAGCUGUGGAUGGACAGUGUUCAGAACUGCCUGUCAGACGCCUAGAGAGGAGGCGGGACUCUUUAAGGAGCAAUGCAACCAGGAACGAAUGAGCAGUGCUGCGGCACCUGACGGACAUCGCUGCCGACCAAUCCCAGCGGACUGGGAGAGGGGAAGGGGCCUUUCACCACUUAAGCUCUGUUCUGUUCGCUAGUGUUGAACUAAUAACCUUGCGUCACAACGUUUCAGUGUUUUUGUUAUAAAAAUAAGAAAAGAAAAAAAAACAAGUGUCCCUGAAGAACCACUCGCUGUCGUCUCAUCAAGUUGCUGCAGCCUCCCACCUCCCCGACAGUCUGACCACUGUGUGCGCUCGAUGUCCGUACGCACACAAACAAUGCAUAUUAAAGCACGUUGUUGCAUUUCUGGUGGCGCCCUGCAGCUUGGACCAGCAUGAAGAUCUUUCCAGACCCUCCAACUGUAAACCACAACCCGCUCUCCCUCCUACUAACCCCACUCGCCCCUUUAAGACACUCCAAGGAGGAAUGACGGAGGAGCUGCAGUCGCCCAUCGGCCCGGCUACGUACAGGACUCGGACUGCUCAGGAGAAAGAUCAGAAACACGCACUGGCGGGUUGACGGACCAAAACCCUGAGGAACACACAACGCCGACAGCCAAUGCUCUUCCUCCUGGUCCUCAGAGGUCUCUGCUCUCUUUGCCUCUCACUGCCUGGUGUCGCCCAUUCGCAGUAAUAUUCAGGGGACGUUUUAGAGGAAGUUGAGUGUGUUGCUGCAGCUGCAAAGGGGAGGGAGGGAGGGAGGGGGAGGGCUCCUCAACGGUUCAUGAAGGAUUUCCUCUUCUUUUUUUGUUUUCCAAAAUCUCAAAUUUUUACCAGAAAGAGAUCAAUGCCCACCAGCUGUCCUCAGCAGGUGGUGAUAUACUGUGAAAGCCAUGAAUCAGUCGUAGAGAUCAAACCAGGAGAGCCAGUUGGAGAUUGGAGUGCGUCAGGUAUUGAGUGUGUCGGUGAACUUUCACUGAGAGUGUUUACAAAGUAGACAAAACUUCCCUCACUAAGCUAAACUCUUCACCUGUGUUUUUAAUCAGUACAACCACUAUUAACAUUCAGAUUUUUAAGGGAUGCUGAAGGAAAAAGGAGGGAUUUACUUUGUAGUGAUGUCUUAAACACAAUCUAUAGAAGGAGAUCUGGAAGGUAGGAGAUAAAGAGGAGGGAUACUAAUGAACAGAGUGAUAUUAUGGGAUGCUUUGGAGAGACCACAGUUUUUAGAGAUGGACAUUGACUCACCACAGUGCUCAAAGUGUCAGAAACUAGAUGUUAUUUAAAGGAAAAUUCUGGUGUUUUUCAACCUCCAUCUGUUAUGACUAUGGAUCACGAAGGUAAACACAGAAAUUAGCCCUCAUAUAUUAGCUAUUGUAGCUAACAGCAAGCUAGUUUGGUAAGCCAGGCAUCCAGCUGCCUGAACUAUCUAGCUGUAUGGUUAGCCAACUUGUGUUUUACCCAUUUAUCUGCAGAACUCAAACGUUUAUUGCUUAUCGUUUCACAUACAGCAAGAUUACAAAAAAAUAUCCUGAUUGAAUUUCCCUAGAGGACGAUAACAUAAAAAAAAACAUUUUGUUUGCUAGCUUAUCUACAUAAAUUGUUAGCUAGCUAAUUAGUUAGCUUUUUUGUUAAAAGUAGUUAUUAGAUUAGCUAGCUUUUGCUACAGAGCAAAACUUUAACUAGCUAACUAGCUAGCUAUGGAUGGAUGUAGAUUUUCUAGCUAGCUAGCAUUUUGAUAACAUAAGCUAACUUAAGAUGUGACUAUAUUUAUCUCUUAUCUUUUAACCGUCCUCAAAAUUUGGUUGUUUUGUCAACAUAGAUAAGCCUAGCACAUAGCAAUGGAGAAAGUUGAGCAAGGUUCUGAGGGAGGAUUGCUCAACUGUUAUUGGAGCACAGAGCAAAAAGAGGCGGGACAUAGGAAGGGUCAAUUAUGGAAGUAAGCCUUAGAGUUGAAAAAUCCCAGGAUUUUCCUUUAAUGACAGGUAAAGUCAUGCGAACGUCAGAGCUGGUCACAGAGAAAGAAUGUUCCAUCACAUUCUCUACUCGGUGUGUCAGCUAUGAAUCUGAUGCUGCUCAGACGCACUUCACCUGUCUGCAUCAACAGUCCACCAGUGUCGACACCAGUGUUUAAGUUUGGCACUUGUUACUGCCUGUGCUUAGAUGAGUCUACGUCGGUUAGAGUUGUAGAGAAACAGUACGUUUAGCUGGAAGGUUUCAAACAUCGUCACUUUUUUUAUUUUAAUGUCAAUGCUUUGUCAGACUGCCUCCCCCCACCUCUAUUCACCCCUCUCCUCCACACACACAAACCACUCUGACCCACACUUGUUAACACAAACCCUGCUAUGUAAAAUAAGGUUCUACUGCUGUCUUUGUUGAACAUAAAAUUUGAAAUUGUAGAUUUUUUUUGUGUCUAAUAACUCCUUUGUAUAUACUACUCCAGAUUUGUAUGUAACGUUAUGGUAGUAAUUUAUUUAACUUGUCUCCUCAGUAAGAAAGUUCCUCAAGCACCACUUUAUUUUUAAAUUAGGAAUUCAAUGUGCCAUUUGUUUAUUUCUGUAUUAAUGUGACUAAUGCUCUUUUUUUUUUUCUUUUGAAAAAUGUACAAGUAAACCCUCAGUCAUUUUAUUUUUUUUUGGUAAACAUGGUUACUCAAUAUCAACCGUUAAUGUUAGAGUGGAAAUGGUGUGUUAGUGGAAGAGGAAGACUCUGGGCUGGUUUUUAAAGGCUGGUUGGAUUUUACUGUGUUGCUCGCCCACAGUGGUGGGAUGUUCUGGACCAAGGUUACAGUCAUAAUAAAUUUCACACAUAUUAAGUCUUCCUGGUGCUGGGUUCUGCUGACUGGCCUGCUGCUAGCUUAAUGGACUCCUGUUGUGUUCGUUAAAUUGUGACGAGUUGGGGCACCUAAAUAUACAGAAUCAAAGAUGCCAAACAUACUAAUAUUAGUUAAUAAAGUAUUAUUAAUUAUAUUUGGUAAGUUUUGGGGAUUUGGUGCAUUCACAAACCUUAAACAGUAAAGGAAGGACAAGGUUUUAAUGCACUCUCUGGGCAGCUCAAGGGUUGCACCUGUAACCACACCCAAAUGAUGUCAUGGUGUACUGUCGUACCCUUGAGUACACUACUGCAUCACAUCUGCAGCAAGGUAGGAAGUAGGGCUGCAACUAACGAUUAUUUUCCGAUCGAUUUGUUUGAUCAAUACAAAAAAUAAUAAAGAAAUGCCCCUCAUGUCUUUGAACCUGUUUUAUAUGACCAACGGUUCAAUUUACUAUCAUAUAAGGCUAAGAAAACCAGCCGGAACAAGAGACUUUUUUGCUUAAAACAAUUAUUGUUGUGGUGUUGCGUUGCUUUUUAAGUGGACAAUCACAGGAUGGUACAAAAACCUUUCCUGUGAACCAUAAAUCCAAGUUUUAAAUGAUUGUCAGGUUCUCACUAAAUAUUUUACUUUUUUUUUUAAUUGAUGUGAUCCCCUGACAGUAGCUGCCUGAUCUACAGUAUUAAUAAGCAUGCUCAUAAUGUUAAAGAACAAGCUAAAGUAUCUGUAGGCUCCUGUGUUUAACUGCCAUCACACCUACAGGCAGAUACACUGAGUCAUUGCUGUGUCCGUUUCUAGAGACGGCAGCAUCCAUUAUUAGUCUGCUGGAGGUCUAGUAAGCAAGAAAAGUCUACAGCCAACAUCAUGACCAUACAUCCUAAAGUUUAAGGUGACCUUGUGCAUCUUAAAAUAAUCUCCCCCCGAGGAACAGACGGACCAAAGUGACAGCAGGAACUACUCCCGCAGCCAGAACCCGCCUGUGGGAAGACUCAGUGUGUCCUUGUGUUUUGACUGCAGUCUACAUCCAGUUAGACCCAGCUCAUCUUUUCACUCUAGUUUACUCAUCUCUCUGUGGUAACGCUCUACAACAGCUACAUUAACCACAACAACAUGACAUAAUCCUUUUUAUUUAUUUUGGUUCCUUUUUUUAAAUUAGAAAUGACUUUCUGAGCCGGGUUAUGUUGUCAAUCAUGUCAAUAUAGUUUUUAGAAUCCAAAUAAAAACUGUGGGUUUAAAUGUUCA